AUAGUUCUCCGUUGCUUGCAACCAUUGUUUUAUUUUUAGCUUUUUAUUUUCUCGUUUUUCUUUAGGUUUAUUCACUACUCUCCUUCAAACGACGUCUUUCCAAUCCCUCUCUUUGCGAUUGUGCCCUUGCAUCUGUUUUCCUCCGUUUCCUACUGCAUUAAUUUCUUUCUGAAACACCAUGGCCAUGGCAGUGCCAGUUUCUGCUAUUGGUUUUGAAGGCUACGAAAAGAGGUUGGAAAUAUGCUUUUCCCGCCCUGGACUCUUUUCUGACCCUGGAGGAAAGGGUCUAAGGUCUCUCACCAAGUCCCAGUUGGAUGAGAUUCUUGCUCCAGCUGAGUGCACCAUUGUUUCUUCGCUUUCAAGCGAGGACGUUGACUCCUAUGUUCUUUCUGAGUCAAGCCUCUUCGUUUAUCCCUACAAGAUUAUCAUCAAAACUUGUGGUACUACUAAGUUAUUGCUUUCAAUCCCACCCAUAUUGCGGUUGGCUGAGACCCUUUCACUUAAUGUCAAAUCUGUGAGGUAUACCCGAGGAAGUUUCAUUUUUCCUGGUGCCCAGUCCUUCCCACACCGCAGCUUCUCCGAAGAAGUUGCCAUUCUGGAUAGCCAUUUUGGGAAGCUUGGUUCAGGCAGCAUGGCUUACGUUAUGGGCGGUGGCAUAGACAAACCACAGAAAUGGCAUGUUUACUCUGCUUCUGCAGAAUCUGUGAGCCCAUGCGACUCUGUAUACACACUUGAAAUGUGCAUGACUGGAUUGGACAGAGAGAAAGCACUUGUUUUCUAUUCUGUCGAAGGUGCUGCUGUUUCUACCAUUCAUGUUACUCCAGAAGAUGGUUUCAGCUAUGCAAGCUUUGAAACAGUGGGAUAUGAUUUGAAAGUGGUCAAUCUGAACGAUCUAGUUGAGAGUGUGUUGGCAUGCUUCCAACCUACUGAGUUUUCGAUGGCGAUUCAUGUUGACUGUUCAAGCAAGUCAUUUGAGCAGAGCUGUUUGCUGGAUGUUAAGGGAUACUAUCGUGAAGAGAGGAGCCACGAGGGGAUUGGAAUGGGUGGUUCUGUUGUCUAUCAGAAGUUCGUCAAGACUUCUGAUUGUGGUUCACCUAGAUCAACUCUGAAGUGCUGGAAAGAUGAAGAGGAAGAGGAGUAGUUUGCUGUCUUUUAUUUUAUGUUCACAAGUGUUUUUACUAUUGUCUUUCGUAAAAAAUAAAUCAUGCCUUCUAGUCUUGGUAUGAUCCUAUUCUGAACUGUCAUUUCAUUUCAUUGUAUGCUUAAUAUUCUGAAUUGAUCCCGUGUCUAUUUUCAUUUCUGGUGGUUUGUACACGUUGCAGGUUGCUGUUUUAAUUUUAACGCUGAAUUGAACUUAUUGGAAGAUAGAUUAUGCUGUUUGGAAUA